UGCAGGCGGCCGGCGAGGACAGGCAGGGCACGCACUGGCCCCAGCGCCCACCUGCACCCCUCCCCAGAGCACUGACUCGGCUCCCAGGACCUCGGCAGGAUGGAAGAGAAGCUGAAGAAAACCAAGAUCAUCUUUGUGGUGGGCGGGCCUGGCUCGGGGAAGGGCACCCAGUGUGAGAAGAUCGUGCAGAAGUACGGCUACACCCACCUCUCUACUGGGGACCUGCUGAGGGCCGAGGUCAGCUCGGGCUCGGCCAGAGGCAAGAAGCUGUCGGAAAUCAUGGAAAAGGGGCAGCUGGUACCGCUGGAGACAGUGUUGGACAUGCUCCGCGACGCCAUGGUGGCCAAAGUAGAUACUUCCAAAGGCUUCCUGAUCGACGGCUACCCGCGGGAGGUGCAGCAGGGAGAAGAGUUUGAGCGGCGGAUCGGACAGCCCACACUGCUGCUGUAUGUGGACGCAGGCCCUGAGACUAUGACCAAGCGGCUCCUGAAGCGUGGCGAGAGCAGCGGGCGUGUGGAUGACAAUGAGGAGACCAUAAAGAAGCGGCUGGAGACCUAUUACAAGGCCACAGAACCCGUCAUCACCUUCUAUGAGAAACGCGGCAUCGUGCGCAAGGUCAAUGCCGAAGGCUCCGUGGACAGUGUCUUCUCCCAGGUCUGCACCCACCUGGACGCCCUGAAAUAGCGACGCUGGAUCCCCUUCCCCAGCUCAGAGCCCCGCCCCAGCCCUGUCCUGGGUCGAGGCCCUCCUGGCCCGAGCCCAGCGCCUCCACCCCGCCUGGCCGAGCACAGACAGAGGAAGCCACUUUAUCCUGUUUUCAUGGACAGCCCAGCACUAAAGGAAUUUCCAAGGACA